GGCUCCCGGCCACUGGGCCCGAGCGGCGGCGGGCCGGUGCGCUCUGGCUGUCCCGGCUUCCUCUCCUCCCCGGUUCGCUCCCGCCCUCUCUUCUUCCCUCCCCUCCCCGGGCUCUUCCCGCCGUCUCUCCCAGCCUGCCUUUCCAGUCGCGCCUGGCGAGGGCCGCGCACUCGGCGGCUCGGGCCGUGGGACUGGGACCGGGGAAGGGGCUGCUGGCCCGGAUAAGCGUCAGGGCAGCCGCGCCCUUGGCUGGGGUCACAUCCACCUUCCUGGGAAGGACACACUCUCCCCGUACCAGUGGUCACACCCUUUCCAGAAAUUCUUGGUUGGUAACCGCGAAGCUGGGAGAACUGGAGAAAACCGCUCUAAUCUGACUUGAUUCUGGCUGGGUACGGAGACUGCAUCAUCAAAACCAACAUUUGCAAAGCGUUCUCUGAGGCUCUGAGGUGACUCAUCUCAGAUUCCUCCAGAACUGAGCCUUUUGCUGGACCUAUGUUCCAACCUGUGCCUCCAUGACCAGGUGGCUAGCACUCCUCGUGCCUAUGACCCAGAACCCUGGCUGACCACACUGAGGCAGGAUGCUCCAACAGGUUAAUGGUCACAGUUCAGGCUUUGGUGCCCAAGGUGGGGAGUCUCUCAGAGAAGACCUGCAGGAGUUCCUGAGCGGGGAAGCCCCGCUGCACCAGCUAGAUGACCUCACCAAGGUGAAUCCUGUGACACUGGAGACAGUCUUGAGGUGUUUGCAGGCUCGGUACGCAGCAGACACGUUCUACACCAAUGCUGGCUGCACCCUGGUCGCUCUGAACCCCUUCAAGCCCGUCCCUCAGCUCUACUCACCAGCACUGAUGAGAGAGUACCACGCUGCUCCUCAGCCCCAGAAACUGAAGCCCCACAUCUUCACUGUGGGUGAACAGACCUACAGGAAUGUCAAGAGCCUGAUUGAGCCAGUCAACCAAUCUAUCAUUGUCAGCGGAGAGAGUGGUGCUGGAAAGACAUGGACGUCCCGCUGCCUGAUGAAGUUCUACGCUGUGGUGGCUGCCUCACCCACAUCCCAGGAGAGCCACAAGAUUGCAGAGCGGAUUGAACAGCGAAUCUUGAACUCCAACCCUGUCAUGGAAGCUUUUGGGAAUGCGUGCACCCUGAGGAAUAACAACAGCAGUCGCUUUGGGAAGUUCAUCCAGCUCCAGCUAAACAGGGCCCAGCAGAUGACCGGAGCUGUAGUCCAGACAUACCUCCUGGAGAAAACACGAGUGGCCUGUCAGGCGUCUAGUGAGAGGAACUUCCACAUCUUCUACCAGAUCUGUAAAGGAGCCAGCAUGGACGAGAGGCUCCAGUGGCACCUUCCCGAGGGAGCAGCCUUCUUUUGGCUGCCCAACCCAGAGAGGACCUUGGAAGAGGAUUGUUUCGAGGUGACCAGAGAGGCCAUGCUUCAUUUGGGCAUCGACACCCCUGCUCAGAACAACAUCUUUCAGGUCCUGGCCGGACUGCUGCACCUCGGCAACGUCCGCUUUGCCCACUCUGAGGACGAAGCCCAGCCCUGCCACCUGACGGGCGAUGCCAAGUGCUCUCUCAGGACAUCAGCCUUGCUGCUGCAGCUUCCAGAAGACCCGCUGCUGGAGACGCUGCGGAUCAGAACCAUCAGGGCAGGCAGGCAGCAGCAGGUGUUCCAGAAACCCUGCUCCCGAGCCGAAUGCGACACCCGCAGAGACUGUGUGGCCAAACUAGUCUAUGCACGGCUGUUUGACUGGCUGGUGUCCGUGAUCAAUAGCAGCAUCUGUGCAGACCCUGCCUCCUGGACCACUUUCAUAGGCCUGCUGGAUGUGUACGGGUUUGAGUCCUUUCCCAACAACAGCCUGGAACAGUUGUGCAUCAACUAUGCCAAUGAGAAGCUGCAGCAGCACUUUGUGGCUCACUACCUGAGGGCCCAACAGGAGGAAUAUGCAGUCGAGGGCCUGGAGUGGUCAUUUGUCAACUACCAGGACAACCAGACCUGCUUGGAUCUCAUCGAGGGGAGUCCCAUCAGCAUCUGUUCCCUCAUAAACGAGGAAUGCCGCCUGAAUCGGCCAAGUAGUGCAGCCCAGCUCCAGACCCGCAUCGAGAGUGCACUGGCAGGCAGCCCCCGCCUGGGCCACAACAAGCUCAGCCGGGAGCCCAGCUUCAUCGUGCUGCAUUACGCGGGGCCCGUGCAGUACCACACUGCAGGCCUGGUGGAGAAGAACAAGGACCCUGUCCCCCCUGAGCUGACCAGGCUCCUACAGCAAUCCCAGGACCCCCUACUCAAGGUGCUGUUUCCUACUGACCCCGAAGAAAAGGCCCAGGAGGAGCCCUCUGGCCAGAGCAGAGCCCCUGUGUUGACUGUGGUGUCCAAGUUCAAGGCCUCCCUGGAACAGCUUCUGCAGGUUCUGCAUUGCACGACUCCCCACUACAUUCGCUGCAUCAAGCCCAACAGCCAGGGCCAGGCGCACAGCUUUCUCCAGGAGGAGGUCCUGAGCCAGCUGGAGGCCUGUGGCCUCGUGGAGACCAUCCACAUCAGUGCUGCUGGCUUCCCGAUCCGGAUCCCUCACCAGAACUUCGUGGAACGAUAUGAAGUACUGAGAAGGCUCUGUGCUCGCACAUCCUCUGGCCCCCACAGCCCAUCUCCUGCUGAAGGGCACUCCGAAAGGUCUCCGUGCACCGAGGCGGCCACUCUGCAAGCUAUCCUCCAGGACAUCCUCCACACUCUUCCAGCUCUGACUCAGGCAGCAGCCACACUUGGUGACCCUGCUAAGGCCACACCAGCCCCAGUUCACUGUGGCAGGACCAAGGUGUUCAUGACGGACUCCAUGCUGGAGCUUCUGGAAGACAGACGCGCCCAGGUGCUGGAGCAGUGUGCCCGCCGCAUCCAGGGCAGCUGGAGGCGACACUUGCAUCGCAAGCAGGAGAGGCAGAGGCAGGCGGCGGUGCUUAUCCAGGCAGCCAUCCGUUCCUGGUUAGCUCGGAAACACGUGCAGAGGCUACACACAGCCGCCACAGUCAUCAAGCGCGCGUGGCGGAAGUGGAGAAUUGGAAUGGCCUUCCUUGCCUCGAAAGAACUGGAUGGUGUGGAAGAAAAACACUUUUCUCAAGUUCCCCUUCCCACGGGCUCCUCCCUGCUGCCACAGACACAGACCAGCCUCCUGGCAGCAAUAAUCCGCCUCUGGCCCCUGGGACUGGUCCUGGCCAACGCAGCUGUGGGGGUCCGAGGCUUUCAGAGGAAGCUGGUGGUCUGGGCCUGCCUCCAGCUCCCUGCGGGAAACCCCACUAGCUACCCAGUCCAGACAGCACAAGGACAAGCUGGUGUCACAUCCAUCCGAGCACUGCCUCAGGGCUCGAUCAAGUUCCACUGCAGGAAGUCUCCACUGCCGUACGCUGACAUCUGCCCUGAACCCUCACCCUACAGUGUUAGUGGCUUUAAUCAGAUUCUGCUGGAAAGACACAGCCUGGGCCACGGGUGAGGUCUUCUCACCUUCUAGCCUCACCUGGCUGGGCAAUCCUUUGGUGCCUUUGUGUCUACAAGGCCUUUUUCCUGCCAGCUGCGUUGCCAAAGACAUUUAAUCCACACAAAGCUGCCAAACUACUCCCACAGCAACUCCAAGCACUUGUGACCAAGCAAUGUGUUGCAGCCCCUGCACUAGGGGCCUGGGGCUGCCCUCUACAUCUCAGGCCCUGACAGGUGUCGGGCUGGUUAGCAAAUCAGGGCUAAGAAACCUCAGGGCCACAGAGGAUGUCCCCCAUUUUACUACCUUCAUAGAUCCAACGCAGCAGGGCAGU